GCCUCCCCCCGCCCCGCCCCCGGAUGUGGCGGCGCGGCCGUUCCGGGCCGUUGUCAGCGACGCUCUGCUGUCGCUGGGCUGUCGGCGCGGAGCCGAGCGGGCCGCGGGGGGAGCCCGGCCGGACCACUGAAAAACUGUUAACUGCACGUGAACUAAGAAUGGUCCCAUAAUUCUGAAAACUUAAAACUGAAAAGAAGACAGUUUCAGUUACACAGAGGACAUACUGACUAAAGAUUCUGAAAAUGGAGUGGGGAGGAGAGUAUUCCCUUGAUUCUUCCAAUUUAGACUGUUUGUUAGAUAUUCUUCCUGGAGAAUUGGAGUUUCAACAAGUCCUUAAUGAUAUUGAUGAAAAAAUAAAGAAGAAUUCUUCUAGUGUGGAACAGUGUCUUAAAGACCUACAAUCAGAAGUAAAUGAAAAAUGUACUGAUGAACUACUACAAAACACAACUGACUGCCUUCAGUGGCUAAAUAACUGCAAUUUUAGUUCUCUCAAGCCUUCUUCUACACACCACAGAGAGCUGAUGGAGUUCCUUAGGACCCUGCAAACCUUGCUCAGGAAUGAACAAAAUCAAGAAGAAAUGAUACUUCACUUCCUUCUGGAUCUCUCUAGUCAGUGUGGUGUCUCAUUUCCCUGUACUCCAAGUGGGACGUCUUCUGAGUUUACAUCUUCUCUUCAUGCCAUUGAGGAUAAUUCAACCAUGGAUGUUAAAUCUCUUUGGGAUGAUGUGAGACUACAUCUUCGGCGAUUUUUAGUUAAUAGACUGCAAAGCCAAGAAGAAACUAAUGCUUUACAACAACAAAUGCAGUUUAAAACACAGUGCAUACAGCAGCUUUUGUUUCUUUAUCCUGAAUCAGAAGUCCUAACCAAGUAUCAAAAUAUGCAGAAUAAACUGGUUAGUGAUCUUCUACAGAACUGUCUUCUGUCUAGCUGUGGUGAGACAAAUUUUGAUAAGGUGGUUCAUGGUUACCAAAGUUCCAUACCUACAUUGUGCACAAUGAUAAAAGAGGAUUUGUAUAUACUAAGUGAAGCUAUUGAUCCUUCUUCAUCAUUGAAGUUUAUUAAUGAAACUUAUCUUGAUACAAUCACUGAAGAAAUGACAGUUCUUCUUGAAAGACUUUGUGAGCUGCAGUUCAAGGAAAAUGCUCUACAUAUAGUUAAGGCAAGCAAGAUUUCAAAGAAGCAUAAAGGAACAGUUCAUGCUGUGGCUUCCCAAGAAUGCCACAAAAAAGGAAGGAACUUCUGUUUAACAUUGUAUCAACUCAAGUGUCUUUCUCAACUUAUAAAACUCUUCUUAUUAAUGGAAGAAAAAAUUGAAGAACUCUCUGCAGAAAUUCUGUUGGUGCCUUCAUUUGCUGAGAAGAAUAAGAAUGUUCAAGGAGUUCUGAAGAAAGCUAGUGGGGAGCUUUUAAUAGGAGAAACUAGAGCAAAUGAAACCAGUGUGCUUCCUGAGCAGUUACUUCAGGUAAAAGAGCCUAUUUUACUGGAUUUUGGCUGGAGAAAUGCAUUUAAAGACCUGUCUUCUUCUGUGGCUCACUGUAUAACAAUAGCAAUUGAGGAUAUUUCAACUAAAAUUCUUCAACAUGAGCAGAAAGAGCAGUCUUCAGCUGCAGGCUAUGCAAUGAGUCUUGUAAACAACCAGCAAAUGAGGGAGUCCUGGGGAGCAGUCCAACAAGAGGAGCAACCAAAACGAAUUGCUAAGUUUUGUUCUGACAUCAUGGAAGAACUUGACACAUUGCUUCCAUUGGCUCUGGCAUGCAAAGAUGAUUCUCUUCAGGAAAUUAGAGCAAACUUUGUAGAGGCCUGCAGCAAAGUAGCAACAGCUGUCCUGGCAAGACUAGAGGAGAAAAGCAAAGAUGUUCCCUCCAAAGCUCCACUGCAAAACUUGUAUGCUGCUCUUUCCACAGCGAUACAUGUCUUCCAGCAUUUUACAAUGUAUAGCAAUUUAAUGAGAGAAACCAGCAAAAAACCCCUGUUCCUAGGGCCUGUCCAACAAUAUCAGGAAUUCAUCAACAUUCUCCAGUUUCAAGUUACGAACUACUGCGUCAGAGUUUGUGCUACAAGCAUUUUACAGGAUGCCGAGAGCCACCACUGGGAUGACUACAAAGCUUUUUAUGAGGGGGAAAGAUGUUCGUUCUCUGUCCAGAUGUGGCAUUACUUCUGCUGUGCUCUUCAGCAUGAUCUAUGGACUAUUCUACCUCCCAAGUUAGCCCAGGAGAUUCUUACAGAAGUACUGGAGAAAUCUUUGGCUGUGCUCUCCUCCAGAUAUUCUCAGGCCUGUCCCAGUUACAAGAGAACUCCACAAAUCAGAUUUGAUAUUGCAGCCAUUUUGAUGUCCACUGAAAAUAUGCUCUGGUCAGUUUGCAGUUCAGUACAGGAAUUUCUGAAUCCACAUAAAGACAGAGAUCUCAACAUCUAUAAAAUGCAUAGCCACUGCAACACUCUGCUCUCUGUGCUAGUUAUUUUAACUUCACCACUGAAGAAUUUGUAUGAGACAUUUCUGAACAAUUCUGGUGAACCUCUUUCUCAAGACUUUUCAAAAGAAAUCUUCAAUCAUCCAUUACACUGGUUAUCUUGCAUACCAUCAUCCUGCUCUUCCUUACUUAAGACUCCAUCAGUCAGAGAAAUGGCAGCCCAGGGUCAGCUGAAACUGCUCUUAUCCCAACCAUACUGUAAUUUGAACUUGCUUUUGGAAAUAUUGCUACAUCAUGAUUGUCUCUUAGUGAGAAUUUUACUGAGGAGUUCAAGAAAUGAAGUGUCGAAUUGCAAUGAACAAAGUUCUUUCUUAGAGCAGAAAACAGAUAACAAAGAGCCUACUCUGAUUGAAGCCAUCUUCACAAUAUUGUCUUACUGUAUUUUAUCGCCCAAAUCACUUGGCAUUGCUUUUGAGACCUACAUGGAAAAGGAGCAUCUGUGGGAUUGCUUAUGUAAUAUGACAGUUUCCAGCUGUGGUGACUCAGAGCCAGAGGUUAUCAGAUACUUGAAGAUGACUUUGAUUAAUUCAGUUAAGGGUAUAGUGAAGCAGAUAAUUUCUCUGAUGCAUUCGUGGGAGGCAACAGAAAACUAUGGAACGUAUCAGCACAAGCAAAUAGUUCCUGAAAGUUUACUGAAAACAAUUCCAAGGGAAUGGAAUUAUACACCUCGGGAAAUGAAGAGAAAAGAAUCUGGGAAAUGCUUCACAAGGCUUGCAGCUCAGGCAGUAUCUAUUGUAAUCAGCAAGUUACCUACAGUGAUUGCAUGUUUGCCUCCCCCAAUUAAGUACUUCUUUUUUCUGGCUGAGAGAAAAAUGUCAAGAAACUUUGUUGAAUUGAAGAAAGCUGGUCUGCUUGUCUGGAACUUGAUUGUAAUUAUAUGUCGGAUAUUUGAGGAUGGAAAUACUGCAGAACUUUUAACAGGUGCAACACUUGACAGAUGGAGCAAAGAAAAACUCAGUUUAGUUCGUGUGUGCUUAGAAAGUAUUAUGGGAAAACAGAAAAGUGGUCCUAAACAAGUGACCCAGAAGGUUAUACAGAGCAUUGAACAACAAAGACCAAACUGGAUUGAAAGCCAGUUCCUGAAAGCAAGAAAAUUGAGCACAGAGUGUGCCUCAGUUGCAGUAGGAGGUGCAAUGUUAGAGGAAGGAGGUAUUGCACUUGAAUUCACUGAGCAGAAAAUAAACAUGAUGGUCCUGGAUAUCUGCCACAAACCAGGUGGCAGUGAGUACCUGAGGCAAAUUUAUCACAUCAUCCGGCUCAAUGAGGAAUAUUUGAAAGAGCAGCUGUCCUGUGAGAAUUCCUCUGAAGUGAGUGUUACCUCCAGUCAAUGCCUGCCUUUGACACUGAAGGGCAGAGAAGAGCAGCCUGUCUUCAACCCUUUCCGGGUGCACAGCCAAUCUUGUGCAAAAGUAUUCAAUCAGUCAGCCAUUACUGAAUGGAACUGGGAUUGGUCAAACUUGCUGCCAAGUUAUUUGGGACUGAAUCAGAUGACCUUCAGGGUGCUGCUGGCACACAGGUGGGAGAUGAAAGACGGUGCCGAUCUUGAAGAGGACGAGAAAGCUAUGGUGGAACACUUAAAAAAUGUUUAUUUCACACCGAAUACUCCUACCUCAGAGGAUAAAGAAGAAUAAUUACUUUGACAGAUUUCGGGUAGCACCUUUUUCUGAAUUCAACAUGAUUAACUUAAUGGCUUAGUUAUAACUGACAGGACUGGAAAGCUCAGGAAUAUAUAUCCUGAGUAGGAGGUUUAAACUAAAGAAUGUUCCCCUGUUAUUGUCUAGUCGCCCCACCCAAGCAGCAACUGCUGACACACGUAUAAGGCAAGCAACAGUAGAUGAAAAUGUGCAUGUCACAAAACAAGUAAGGUGUAUCUUGAGACUGUGGAGGCAUAAAUCGGAAUGACAAACCAAGAACUGUUUUAAAAUUCUAGAACUCACAGUGGCAUCUAAAAAUAAUAUUACUUUGGACAUGUUCUAAGCAAAAAUUGAUGAUAUGUUCAUAUCUACUGUUCUGAAGUCAGAGUCGGCCUGCCGCAAGCCAGUGUCAGAUCAGAGCCCAAGCGGCUUUCUUCUCCCUUGGUGCUUGUGUCUCUAGUUAGUAUUGACACCAAAUCACCCAAAAAGUGUGAGAAGGGACAGGCAUCAGCCAUAGGUCUAGAGUUUCACCUUAGUACAGGGUCCUUUGUGAGUUGCUCUGGGACGAGAAGCAAAACUGCGUCAGCCUUUAUUGCCCUCACAAAGGCAGAAUAGUCCUAACUCAACAUCUGUAGGUUAUGGUUUAAAAAGCACAUUAUAGUGAAACUUGUUAGCAGCAUUUAAAGUUUUGAGAUGCAUCUUUUUAUUAAAAAAAUAAACAGUUUAUGCACAGGGAGUGCUCAAAGUAUUCUAGUGACUUCUCUAGUGAACUGAGAAGUCAAAAUAAUAAAGAAUUCAGCAUUUGUUUCUGAUACAGUAAAACCCCAUUUUUAAAAUAAUCUGAUAUUUUCAUUUCCCUAAUAUUAAAUGGUCUCUUUUUCAGUAAAAGUUCUUCCUCAAAGAUUAAAAAUAGCUAUUUGGAUAGAUAGGUGGCUGUUGUGAAAAUAGUUUUUAUACAGAAGGUGUAGCUCUACAAAAAUAAUCCAUUGUUUUUCUGUUUGUUUCUUGCAUUGGAAGUCCAAGGUAACCAUUUUCUCUGCCUUAUGAAGGAUCCUGGCAAGCUCUUGGUAAGGCUAUAAUCUGAGCCGCAGCUAUUUCUGUUCCCACUGCUGGAGCGUAUGCACACUGCUUCUUCUCACAGAUGCUAUUAUGGACAUAACUCAGACCACUUGCAUAGAAUGAACGCUAGUUUACAAUGAUGUAAUAAUGAAGAACUGAGCUCAAAGUAUUUUUUUCCCCCUAAAGACUUCAGUAGCAUCAUGGGAGACCAUAAUAGUAAUGCUGGCAUAGUGUCUAAACUGAAAUGCAGUUUUUCCUCAUCUUAAUUGGUCUUUUUUUUAUCAUGUAUAUAAAAUAUUGGACCAUUUAAAAUGAAAAUGGAGACCACUGCAUCUCACAAAUCUCCAAAGAUCUUAUUACAAAACUGCAUCAGUGAAAGGGAAGUGAGGCACUGGUAUUUAAAAAAUGUUAAGACUAUUAUUUAUAAAAAGAAACAGACCUUUUCCUCUACCAUUGAGGUAGUCUUUUCAGAUCAUAAAGAAGUGAUGAAGGGUGAAAACAAUUUUUCCUUGCUUUGUAUUUCAACUUUAAAAGAUUAGUUGUGGUUUUAAGGCUUAGAACAUGGCUACAGGGAUUGCCUGUGGUGGCAGGUGCAAUAUGCUGACAAAUGAGGCAUACACGCGCCAAGUCAUACUAAUAAUGCAUCAGUGCAAGUGGAAGGUGGAGUACCUGCAAUAUUCAUUCCUAUUUUGUCAAAAUCUAUUGUACCGAAUUAACUUUUUGUGUAGUCAUAGAAAGUGAAUUUCUCUCUAUGUGGUGAAACUGACUGAAAUACUUUUCGUGAAAAAGCUCCCCUUCUGGGAAACACUUAUUCUGAAUAGGAUAAACCUUGCAAGUGAAAUAAGGUAACCCAGGAAAAAAAACAUAAAAAAGUUCAGUUACUCUGAAAUGGGAAUGUCCACGUGCAGAGUUAUUCCAAACUGGUUAUUGUGCUUUAAAUUCACAACCUCAUUCUGGAAUAAUUUGUAAACAGUCAUGUUUAAAAAAAAAAAUCUUUAUGCCCCUUCCUCCCUUCUCUCCCUGCCAGAUUAACUCAGGUGUAGCCCACUGGGUAGCACAAGGAUAAUUUUGUCUUAGCUUUUCUUAGUAGGAGUAUAUUUAUAAUCUUUACCAAUGUAAAGCUGACAAGAUAGAACAAGAAGGCUGAAUAAAUCCUGAAUGUAUGUACAAUAUUUUAUUUGGAUGUUUUUCUUAUUCAAACCUAUAUGUCUUUAAGAGUGUGUGAAUGUAAGCUAAUAUGCAUUUGAAAUUGAACUUGUCCCUAAAUCCUUGGUGAGAAAUAGCAGGGCUUGGUCCAUUUGCAAGGUAAUGAUCCUAAUAUCUGACCUUCAGGAUAUAAAAGUAAAAGCAACAUGGCAAAAUCGCUUAUACUGAAUAGAUACUUUUGCAACAUUCACAUUUGUUCAAUGAAAUUACAGUAAUAAUAAAAGUUGGAUAACUAAGACUGCUAAAUAGCAUACAAUUAAUUUAUCAAGGCUGCUUACUUUAAACUUAAACCCUUAAUUGAAGAAAAAUGAAAGACACCUGAAAGAGCUGAUCAUUUUUACAUCUUAAGGUGUGUAAAAUUGGAAAUACUUGUUUAACAGAACACUGCAUUCUUCGGCUUUUUGUCAUAAAACAAUAGGUCUGCAUUCUUAAAAAAAGUUCUGUUGAUUCUAGAAUUGACCUAAGAUUGCUUUCCUUUUGGAGACUGAUGAAUUCAUAGAGCUGCAAUGUUUUACUCUCAUAUUUUGUGUGCUGGCUCCUUCUCAGUACUUGUUGAUUCAAGAAUGUCUCACACUUUACAGUUAGCCUCAACAAAUAAAGGCAAUGAGGGCCAGAUUUUCUGGCUGCAAUGUGGGCCUCGGGUUGUAGGACCACUGCAAUCUGACCAUGCUAAUUGCUCCUGGAAAGAUAGUCAAAAAUAAGGAUUAAGUUUUUUUGGGUGCAGGAGACCUUACUGGGUGGGCCUCAUUGGCUUGGCUGCAUUAGUUUAAAAGGAAAUAUUUAUUAUAUUUCUACAAAUUAAUUGGACUAGAUAGCACAAACCAAGUAACCAUGUGUUAUUACUAAUGCCUAUGCCUAAUUCUCACCUUAUUUUUCACUAUACUACACUCUCUUUACUGAACUUCAGCUUCAAUGAGAGACUUCAUGGCAAGGAAUAUCUCUAAUUAAGUUUGUUCAGUAUCCUGCUCAUGGUGCUCCAAACCUUAACAUCUUGAUACUUUUGAAAUGCAGUUAAUAAAAUUAGAAGUAGGGCAAAAGUGAGAUAAUAUUAAAAGUAAUAAAACUCAAGAAACAGAAGAGAGAGAGAGAAUUUUGGAAAAAGACAGCCGUUAAGACAUAGCCAUGCCUUUUGAUAACUAUCCUCACAAACAGUCUCAUCAGAUCAUCUUUUAUUCCAGCAGAGGACAUCUGUAGAGACCAAAGGCAACAAAGCUAUUUAUUCUAGAAAUAUUCACGAUGGUAAAUGGAUGUUCUUUAAUUCAUCUCUACACCCUCACAGCAGUAUAAGGUAGGCAUGAAGCCUGACUUCUUCCAAUUAGUUUCCUCUUACAGAAAUAUUCUAUUUUCCUCUCAGCUAGGAGGUCUUAGCAAAAUACUACUGACUCUUUUCUACAGUAAGAGACCAAUUAUGUCCUGAUAUAAAACUAUUUUAUGGAACUCCUUAAAAAUAUGUGCACUCAUUUUUAGUGAAAGACACUAUUCCAACAUUCAAGACAAUAGUCAAAAGACUUGGAUAGGAUUAAUAGGAUUAGACCUAUUACCCAUGAAAUGAGAGAGUAACUGGAAGACUUGUAGGUUAGCAUAUAGAUCUUGAGUAGGUCCUGGCUAGUGCAAAGCUGCUUCUCUGUAGUAUUUAUCCCUGUUGUAAACAGUGGUAUGGCCAGAAGCAGAAGCUCUGCAACUAUUAAAUCUAAGGCCCAGAAAAUAGGCAAGUGUGAGCUGACUUUUUCCUCUACCUUUGGACUCUAAGACUUGGGAAGCAGACUAAACUGACUGACAUUACAAGGCAGACAGUACAGGAAAAGCAUAUAGUCUUGAACAGUUUGCAUAUUACUGAGGGCCUUGUAAUGUCCAUCAGUGAAAUACUUCAUGAGAAACAGAUUUUUCAUCACUAGCUUCAUCUAUACCAACAGCAUUUGAGAAUAGACUAUUAGCUAUUACUGUAGUGAAUGAAACAAUAAUAUAAAGCUGACAAAAAAAAAAAAAACUAUAAAAAGCAAGGAGACAUUCAAACAAGCAAAAAUAAAUCCAAAAUCUUAUUUCUUUUUCCUGAAGAAGGAAUUCUAUAGCAAGUCUCCCAGGAAGAACUGGCAAAUGCCAAGUAUUAAUGACAUAAACCGAUCAUUAGUUACUUAACAUACAAGCACUUAAUUUUUCAUCCCAUAAUCUGUGUUUUUUAUCUAAAAGUCUAUUUACUUUGGGGUAUUUGGCCUCAGUACAGAAAUAGUAUCACAUAGCUCUUCGUGUGCCAUCUUGGCUCUAUUUUGCUUUCCACCUCAAUAUCGUCUUUCAAGGAUGCUGGAAAGACCAUUCAUUAUCUAGAUUAACUGUCAUAGAGAGUUAAACCGGUGUAGGUCCUAUAUAGGUUAUUAUUUCAGAUUUAAGGUUGUCCAAAUACUCCUCCUGCUCCCAACAUUCCUUGUAAUACCUAAGUUUUUCCAUUGUUCUAACCUACCCACGUUACCUGGGAUAAUGGGGAGCUAUUUGUAUGCACUGUUGUUUGUGAGUUAGUUAUGGUUUUUACUAAAAACUAGUGUAUUCUGCCCUAGAUUGUAUUUCCUUUAAGUUCUCUGCCCUAGAUUGUAUUUCCUUUAAGUUCUCUGAGUUUUUAAUUUACACCUGAAAAUCCAUAGCACAUCUGCUUUCCCAGCCUUCAAACAUCUAUUUACAUAUCAAUAAAGCUGUAUGCCUUCUCAAAUCUGA